AAUAAAUCGGUAUUGUCACUGACAAACAAGCCAUUAAUCGUUGGACACUAGAAAUAAUGUAUACAUGAGAGUGUAAAGCGGUUAUUCACCCUCGAGGUUUCGCUCGUUUCAUGUAAUAACGCACCAGUACAACAGAAAGCCUUUGAUACGAUACCGUUGUAAGUAGUAUUGUGUGUGCGUUUGUUUGUUUUGUGUUUUUAUAUGAAUAUUCACAUUUUCUAACACGUUAUAGAAUGAAUCUCAUUAAAUACUCGGUGAUCGUGAUCAGCUAGGCAUGGAUACACAUGGCGUCUGGUGCAGCGCCCGAGAGCCCCAUGCCUCAGGUUAUAUACCAGUGGAAUAUCAUUGAGUAUGAAUGGCCUAACGACACCGUGAAGCAGGCAAAGAAGGCCAGCGGCGAGUAUAUCCCCAACAACAGUGCCAUUAACGGAAUCAAACUUUACAAGGACAAGGUCUUUGUCACAGUUCCGCGCCUUCGUACCGGCGUGCCUUCCAUGACGCUAUCGAACGUGACAUUGCUGCGACCCUACCCCAACUGGGAGAUGCAGAUGUUGUGGAAUUGCGACGCCCUUCAGCGCGUGCAGAGUAUGGAAGUGGACCCACACGCUGGUCAAAUGUGGAUUGUGGACACUGGUUAUCGCGAGAGCAUGAGCAACGUCACCACCGUGCCCAAGGACGCGUGCCCCCCAAAGAUCAUCAUAUUCGACAUCAACAGCCACUCCAUCGUCCACAAAUACACGUUCCCGCUGGACGUCACGGGCGUCGGCAGGUUUUACUUGAAUGACAUCGUUCUAGGCUUCGAAAAUGGCGCGGCUAGGUACGCCUAUAUCUCGGACACGCUGGCGUACAAGCUAGUCGUGUACGACUAUAAAACGGACCUUUCAUGGGCGUACACGCACCCAAACAUGGUGGCAGACGCUGCGUACAAGAAUCUGACGAUUGGGAAUGAAACGACGACGAUAAUCACCGGUAUCAACGGCAUCGCGCUGUCCCCCGAUUAUCAGUAUCUCUACUACAGCUCCGUCGCUGGUGUCGGCCUGCACCAGAUCAAGACGUCAGUCCUGAUAUCGGCGAGAGGCGACACCGACAAAUUCGCAGCCGCCGUACGGACGAUAGGCACGAAGGUCUCCCCCGGCGACGGCAUGGCGUACGGAAGCAACCACAAUCUGUACUACUCGGCGCUUGGAGAGAACGGCAUAUAUAAGUGGGACGUCCGUAAGGAUCUUGGGAGCGCCGCCGGAAGUUUCUAUUCAGUUGAGAUGAAGACACACGCGGAGUUCGUUUCAGAUGCCCGGAUGCAGUGGGUAGACACGCUCGCGAUCGACGGCGCCGGCUUCCUGUGGUUCACGACCAGCCGUCUGAAUAAACUGUUUAGCGAGGGGGGCGUGCAGCACCAUGAGCCGAACUUCUACAUUUGGAAGGUGUACGUCGGUGAUACCAACUACAUGACUGUGGCGAAACCAACUCUGGGCGCCGGAAGUAUCUCUUCUUCCAUUCUGAUGAUAUGUCUGAGUGUCAUUUUUGCUGCUUGCCUUUUGUAAAUAUCAUAGACAUGCGACGUUGUUAUGAUUUUAAGCUCCUUAUAAAAAAUGCGUUGAUUGUUACGUGUGUGUCCGUGUGUUUGGUGAUGCACACUAGUUUGAAACUGUGAUAUGAUUAAUGACUUUUGAGAACCCUUCAUCAAGUCCUUUUUUAACUUAAAUUGUUUAAUAUAACAAAAUGCAUAUUAUUUACGGAUCAGCGUAAAUUGUCAGUCCACGAGUAGCCUGUGUAGUCCCUAAAUAUCAUGUAAGGAAUUCACAGGCUUUUCCAAACCACGGCUCAUGUACAUGUAUAUAAUAAUAUAUUUUAUAGUAUAUAUAAGGAUGCAUAUCGAAAUAUCGUAAUAUUUCCAUUAUAACCUUUCAUAGCACAUGUUAACCUUUGAAUAUCCGCAUUGUCUUGUUAAUGUUAAAGUAAUUUUCAAUCAUUUGUGUGAAAUGUGCAUGUGUCAGAACCCAGAACCGCAAUUAAUA